GUCAUUUUUUUCUUAACCAAGAAAUUUCCCAUGAAUGAAAAUUAAAUAAAUUUCCCAUUAAGUAAUAAGAGUAGAAGGGGCCUCUUUUUUGAAACAACUAUGCAUUUAAUAGUUUAUUAAUUUAUUGAGAUUUUCUGGACAAUUUGAAAGACACAUAAGAUGGACUUGGAUUCGGACGAGGAAAACGUUAACGAGGAGGAUUUCUAUAGUUUUUUGAAUGUCCCUAAAGAGGCUACUAAAGAUGAAAUCAACAACGCUUACAGACGUCUCAGUCGCGUGUACCAUCCGGACAAACAUCUGGACCCUGCACUCAAAGCCAAAGCCGAAAUUAUGUUCAACAAAACCAAAAAGGCCUACGAGGUCCUCUCGGAUCCACAUCAACGUGCCAUUUAUGACUCCUUAGGCAAAAAAGGCCUGGAAACCGAAGGCUGGGAAAUCGUGCAAAGGACCAAAACCCCUGCAGAAAUCAGGGCGGAAUAUGAACAACUGGCCGAAGAAAGAGCUGAGAGGCGUAAAAAACAAGCCACCAAUCCUUCAGGCAAUGUUACUAUAGCCAUUAAUGCUACGGAUUUGUUUAAUCCGUACGAAAAUGAUCUUUUUGAGGACGAAUACGAUAGUGGUCUUUUAAGUAAAUUUCCUAAUAUUGAAGUAUCUUCCAUGCAGUUUACACAAGGGGUUGAUUUCCCUUUGACUCAAAAAGACACUUGCACCCUUUCUGGGCAAUUGCAAACACAAAAUGGUACUGGAGGCGGAGGUGUCAAUUUAAGUUGGAGGCAUUUAUUUUCGCAUAAAGGCUGGGCCGAAGUGGAAAUGACCGCUGGCAGCGGACCUGCAAUUUCUUUGAAAGGUUUCAGGACUUUGACCAGGAGGUUUUUUUGGAACGGUGGCACAAUUCUACAGUUUACUCCAGAAGGACUCAGACCAGGAAUUAUGUCAACAUUGGCGAUGCAAAUUGAUAAACAUUCUAUUGGUUAUGUAUCUUAUCAUGGUGGGGUAAGAUCCAUGUUUUCGACGCAAAUUGUUAGAGAUACUGAAAAAAAUCGGUAUAAUUUCUCAAUACAAGUUGGAGUGCCGCAUUCUUAUGUACAAUUGCAAUACACUAGGAAAUGGUUGUCUAGGGAAAUGAAACUGAGACUUGCUGUUAAAUUGGGUACUUUUGGAGGCGUGGUCGAGUAUGGUGCCGAAAAAAAAGUAUCCAAACACAGCAAUUUAUCGUUUUCAGUUGUAUGUGGAGUUCCGGCAGGGGUCAAGCUAAAAAUAAGGUUAACACGUGCCAACCAAGUCUAUUCCUUCCCCAUUCACCUGUGCGAAGAAAUAAUGCCAUCACCAGUCUUCUACGCGACAAUAGCGCCCAUGUUGUUGUACAUAGUGGUGAAAAAGGGCAUCGUUGAGCCGUUUUUGAAGGAGGAAAAAUCAAAAAAAUUAGAAAAACAAAAGCAGAACAAUUUCAAUAAGCUGUUGGAAAAAAGAAGAGAGGCGAUGGCAGCACAAGAACUAAUGCAAGCCAGCUAUUCUAGAAUUAAAAGUGAAGAGGAAAAAAAGAAGGGUUUAAUUAUAGUAAAAGCCAUUUAUGGAAGAAUCAAUCCAGAUUCCGCACAAGAUACAGAAACGUCAAACGACAUAAUAGACGUCACAAUACCAAUCCAAUGUCUAGUGAAAGACAGCAAAUUAGUAAUUUAUGAAAACUCGAAAAGCGAUUUGCCUGGAUUUUUCGAUCCAGUAUUGGGCGAGGACAAAGUGCUCCAAGUAAUUUACAAUUAUCACGAUCAGCCCUACGAAGUUACUAUUAAAGAUAAGGAAACUUUACGGUUACCGAAAACAGCGCAUAGGACUAAUGGAACGUGACGUAGCCAAACCAAAAUCGCCGCCAAUGCCUAGUUGAUUAGAAUUUAUUAAAAAUUUGAAAAAAAAAGAAGACUCUGUGGUGCGACAAGUUGUAGCUGUAUUUGUUUUGCGUCAUUCUCUCGAGUUGAUGAACUUUGUACACAUGUUUUUUUUUUGUUACAAAAUAAACAAAUUAUUUAUUUUACUUAUACAACAAUUAAAUUGCCAUGUUGUUGAUUUGAGAGUGUUGUUUUAAUAAUUACUUAAGAAAAGCGGUUGACAGAUAAUGCAUCAAAUGUCA